AUGCCGGCCCUUCACUGGUGCGGCAGGAAGUGGCGCACCUCGACAGAUGAUUUCGCCUUUUCCAGUGUUUUCUUUUUUGCGUUUCUCGUCGUUAGCGGGACUCUUGCCGUGAGUCGUUUCCACCAUGGCGAUGGUGCUUUUAUACGGGAUUGCCCGGGGGCUUCUCUUACACUUCACAGGACUUUUUUGGCUCUUGGGAUUGUGGAUUUGAUUGGCGCCGUGGCGUUUCUUGUGCUUGCGUGGCUGAGCCUUCAGGGGAGUCCGUUUCAGGUGUCGAAGCGACGCCGGAUUCCCCACCUGCUCAGUGUGACGUCACUUUCCAUACUGGCAAUGCUGGUGCUCUCCAGCGUAGUAACGAAGCACACAAUCUAUGACAUGGAUAGUAAAUAUUGUGCGAACCCCACAAGACGUUUCUUGUAUGUUGUUGUCAUAUUUAAUUUCUUUGUUUCUUUUUGCUACGGUGUUAUGUUUGCAGUGGUUUUUGAUCCAGUCGGGCGCCGUGUGUGGAUGGACUCCGUCGAGUACGAGUCUCUAUGGUACGCUCGUUGCCGUGUUUUUUGCUGUUGCCUGUAUACGCGUCACAACAAAGACGUCUUUGAGGAUGUUUCGAGAAAUGUGGCUGGUUUAUUUUGCGGCUAUGAUAUAGUGCCGAGUGACGUGGCUGCGGGCAUGCUUCUUGUGCACAACAGACAGAAAUGUGAGCUUCACCUUCGACGACUAAAUGUGCAGUAUCCACCGGCUCCCGAUGGGAAAAGUGAACGCAUCUCUUUACAGGCACGACAUUUUCUUCCGUUGAGUGAGAAGCAACGGAGACAGCUCGCUGAUAUUCGAACGUAUAGUCGUUUUUACCUAUCCGCAUAUGGUUGGCCUCUCUUUGAGUACAUGCAUUGCUGCACAGGAUUGUCUAGGCUCUGCUGCUUUGAUCCAAGGAUGUGUUGCCGCGGGCAUGCGGGUUCCCACCGCGGAACGAGAUGCUGUGACUUAACUACAAUUCUUAAGGUUACCGGGAUCAGAGAUGAGGAUGUCAUUCUCACACGAUGGGAAAAUGCUCCGUUUCGUCCUGUGUUUUUUGUUGUCAUUGACCAAUCCACCGAUUCUGUCAUAGUGGGGAUUCGAGGAACCAUGUCCUUCGCUGAUUGUGUCACGGACAUGGUGGCAACCCCCGGUUUGCUUGAGAUGCCAGAAACAGAAUUGGAGGCUAACACAACUCAUGCCGACUACCACGUUCAUGGAGGAAUGCAGAAAUGUGCUGCCUACGUGCUGCAGGAAUUACGUGAAUGUGGCGUUCUUGACUGUAUUCUUCACGGAGAGUUUAGUAGGCGCAAGGUUGUUGUGCUUGGUCACUCCCUUGGCGCGGGAGUUGCUUCUAUUCUGAGUAUAAUGCUCUGGUCUACAGAAGUGACGCUGCGCAGUCGCUUGCAAUGCCUGGCGUAUGCGCCACCCGGGGGAUUGUUAUCCCCUGCGUUGGUUGCGUACAGUAAAGAGUUUAUUGUGGGUUGUUUUGUUGGGAAUGACAUCAUACCACACAUGGCCAGUCAUACACUUUAUGCUUUGCGGGAAUCCAUCUUGGAUGAGCUUAUGAAGACUUCAAAAAACAAGUCGCUUCUUUUUAUGGGUCAUCGACGUUUAGCGAAGCCGAUGCAGCCGCCAUUGGCAUCGUCUGCAUGUCAUUCAUCAGAAAGUAUCACCACUCGUAAUAAUCUUUUUGCGGCAUCAUCUUCGCUGCUGACGGAGCCGAAGAAAUUGUACCCGCCUGCCACACUUAUACACUACCGUAAAGCGGUGGUGCGAAAUACCUCAUGCUACUGCUGCUGUUCUUCCAAGCAAUGUUGUUGUCAGGAGGAGGAGGUGUUUGUGCCUCUAUUUGAAUCACCGCAAGAUGUGCAGUGCGUGGUUUGCGCCGCUUCCAUGCUCCGAGAUCACUUUCCGGAUCGUCUCUUUUCUGUCAUUGAGGAAGCGGAUAGAAGGCUGAAUGUCGGGGAGCUAGAGCGUUUCUUUGUGACGAGCGAAGAUGUGAGAGACGCCCGCGUCAACUACGGGACCACCACCUCUGAUAACAUGUCGAGUUUGGUGUGA